UCCUGAGAGACACUGCUGCUUUGUGCGGGGGAAUGGAUGCAGAGAAACAAAGUCUGGGACUGUGAGACAACUUCACGUUUAGAGCUUCACGCGUUGUAGAUGUGUGGGUCUGGAUAUGAGAAAAGUGCUCUGAGACGGACUAGAUACAGUUGUUGUUUGGGGCAGCAGACUGGCUGGAGAACACGGAGACAGAUUUUGUGCAAUGCAGGCACUGGAACCAGAGGACAGGACCAGAGCUCAUGAGUCCUUAAAGUACAUGUCAGAUGUGAAGAGGGAUGUUUGGAGGGACAGUAAAGAGGAGCGAUCGGAGCCUCCCUGUUGCCUGAGCGGCAGCAACAUCUCCUACACAGUCAGUGAGCGUGUGGGUCCAUGGUGGGACUUAUCAUCCUACAGGAAGCGAUGGACACGUCAGAUCCUCAACGACGUCUCCUUCCAUGUAGAAAGUGGACAGAUCAUGGGCAUACUGGGAAAUUCAGGCUCAGGAAAGACCACAUUGCUGGACGCCGUCUCUGGCAGGAUUGGACACCGUGGUACACUGCUGGGUGAAGUCUUCAUUAAUGGCAGGAAACUGAAGAGAGAGGAGUAUCAGGACUGUUUCUCAUAUGUGCUGCAGAGUGAUAACUUACUGAGUUAUCUGACUGUGGAGGAGACUCUGACAUACACAGCACAGCUGGCACUGCGGAAUCACUCGGCUGAUGCGAUCAAGAAGAAGGUGUCCUCGGUGAUGGCCGAGCUGAGUCUGAGUCACGUGGCCCACAGCGUUAUCGGAGGCCGUGUUUUCCCAGGGAUCUCUGGGGGCGAGAGGAGGAGGGUCUCCAUCGCCUGCCAGCUCCUGCAGGACCCACGCGUGAUCCUGUUGGAUGAACCCACCACCGGCCUGGACAGCAUGACAGCCAAUCAGAUUGUGGUGCUCCUGGCACAGCUGGCCCAGAGGAACCGUAUCGUCAUAGUAACGAUCCACCAACCGCGCUCCGAGCUCUUCAAGGUGUUCAGCAGGAUUGCGAUCAUGAGUCGUGGAGAGCUGGUGUUCUGUGGACAACCGGAGGAAAUGGUGGACUUCUUCAGUCAGUGCGGCUAUGAGUGUCCAGAGUACUGCAACCCCUUUGACAUAUAUGUUGACUUCACCUCAGUGGACACACGCAGCAGCGAAAGGGAGGCAGCCACUUUCAAUCGCAUGCACGAGAUCACGUCGUCCUAUCAGGGCUCGGCGAUCUACCACAGCAUGCUGGGAAAAAUAGUGCAGAGCCUGCAGCAGGAGGACAAACCAGCCAUUCCCUUUAAGAGCAAAGAGUCACCCAGUGGCUCAGCCAAACUGGAGGUUCUGCUCAGACGGACUGUGAGGAACCUGUCCAGAGAUAGGAUGGGUGUUCUGAUGCGUCUGUCCCAGAACCUGAUCUAUGGUCUCUUUGUGGCCUUCUUUGUCAUGCGUUUAGACAAUGACGUCAGUAAGGGCGCAGUGCAGGACCGCAUUGGCAUCAUCUACCAGAGCAUCGGUGCCUCACCCUACACUGGCAUGCUGAAUGCUGUAGCCCUCUGUAAGCCUAAUAAACAAUUAGACAUUUAUUUGACUCCCUUUCACUGGUAUGUCACCAAGUCCUGGCCCUCAACAGUCACAUAA